AUCUCACUAGGUGAGCUGUGUCCGCUUUAUCCCUUGAGCUCUUCCAUUUCUUUCUCCCUCGCUUUCCUUAUCUCGUUCCAAUUAUUUAAACAGUCAUGGCUGCUGCGGUGGCAAUUCCUCCUGAAGCUACCACGAGUGUAGACCCGACACAGAUCGAGGUGAAGCUCUUUAACAGGUGGACGUUCGACGAUGUUCAGGUUAAUGAUAUCUCUUUGGCUGAUUAUAUUGGAGUGGCCGCAUCCAAGCAUGCAACAUACGUCCCUCACACUGCUGGUAGGUACUCAGUCAAGCGAUUCAGGAAAGCACAGUGUCCAAUAGUUGAGAGGCUUACUAAUUCUCUCAUGAUGCAUGGUAGAAACAAUGGGAAGAAGUUAAUGGCCGUGAGGAUUGUUAAACAUGCCAUGGAAAUUAUCCACCUUCUGACUGAUCAGAAUCCAAUUCAAGUUAUUGUUGAUGCUGUGAUUAACAGCGGUCCUCGUGAAGACGCAACUCGAAUUGGAUCUGCUGGUGUUGUGAGGAGACAGGCUGUGGAUAUCUCACCUCUUCGCCGUGUUAAUCAGGCCAUCUAUCUUCUAACUACCGGCGCCCGUGAAGCUGCUUUCAGAAAUAUAAAGACCAUUGCUGAAUGCUUGGCGGAUGAACUUAUCAAUGCAGCAAAAGGGUCAUCCAACAGCUAUGCAAUCAAGAAAAAGGACGAAAUUGAAAGAGUUGCGAAGGCAAAUCGCUAAGCAGCCUGUAGAAUUAGUCUUCUUGAUAAUGAUCCGUAGGAUUUUGUCAUGAGCUUCUUGGUAGUUAAUCUAUUGAUAUGGGCUAACGUAACGUUUAUUUUUUUUGUUUAUUAUCAUGGAGGGUUCGCCGUGUUGUUAACUAUAUAUUUUACCUUGACGUAAAAUCAUGAAGUUUUGGAGCCUUUAGUAUCGGUUUGCGGCCGGCACCGCGUACAUGCCUGCCAUCUCCAGUUUUGGAGCAAUAUUAUAUUGGUGUUAAUUGUA